AUGGGCCGCGACCUGAGAGUUGGCGUCAUUUCUCCGUCUAGCUGCCACGUGUUCGGCGACUCGCGUCCGGAGCAGUCUUCCAGUUUCUCCGACGUAGUUGCUUUGUCCGCAACCGCACCAGAUCCGGUAAACGACUCCAGAUGUUUCUUGCCGUGGCAGUGGGUCUUUUGGUCUCAUCACUUGACGCCUCAUGGUGGCCUCCGGUCUGUGCGCAACUGUGUGCGUAUCGGCAAUUUGUUUAGGCGCGACGCGCUCCGAUCGGCCCGACGAUGGGAAACUUUCGCCCUUCUACUUACGCGCAGAUCCGGUUUCUGCACAGGUGUCUCGAUAACAACGUGUUGCCGAAGUGUGUUUCAUGCAAACCUCCGGUAAACACGGAGCUAGCGAGACGCGCAGUAUUUCAGCACGGAAGACGUAUGAUGCGCGUGCUCCUUCAAGAUUGCCAUGCGAGACUUCGCAAAUACCGUCAGAGAAUUGACCAAGAGAAGGCCAGAUGCUGCGAGUUUAUGGGCGAGAACGGCACAAAUCUGCUUCAGCAGAAAGUGACUGAACGAGCCCGCGAGCAGAGAGCGACACGCGAUGCAGAACUGGGGAACAAAUUCCACAAACUGCCUGAUCCAACGUCAUCCAGAGGCGGCACACUGGUACACAACCUGUCGUUAAAGGAACUGACGAAGGAGCAAGUACAGGUUUUACGGCACGAAGCCUCAUUCAACACAGCUGACGCCAAACCUAUCAACAUGAUUGCAGCAGUGGAAUCGGUCAUUAAUCUGACGGAAGCGGCGGAGGAGAUGAAGAACCUUAUCCGACACCAAGUUUCGUCCCUCCUUAGGACUCACAAGCCGCGCGAAAACUCACAAAGGUCCAACGCGAUGCACUAAGAGAACUUAAGGCCGACAAGGACAUUGUCAUUGUGCCCCCGGACAAGGGGAGUUCCACCAUCGUACUGGACAGAACAGACUACCUUCAGAAGGCCAAACACCUACUGGAGGAUCGCCAGUUCUAUGUCCCAUGUGAAACCAACCCCGUAAAAACGCUGACACGCGAAAUUAAUGCAACACUGUUGGCACUGCAUAACUCGGAUGCUAUAACACCGACCGACCGACGCAUGGCGAGGGCCCAAGAAACGGCCUUGGCCCGAUUCUAUGGUCUCCCAAAUGUGCACAAGGAGGACGCUCCUCUCCGGCCCAUUAUAUCGCUCCAAGGCACUCCAACGUACGGACUGGCAAUAUGGCUGUUUCGGCGACUCAAAUUUCUGACCGCGGAUUCGGACACCACUGUCUGUUCGUCAACGCAAUUCCUGGAGAAGCUUAAAGGAGUAAGUCUCUUGCCAAAUGAGGUCAUGGUAUCUUUUGAUGUCACGUCCCUUAUUACUUCUAUCCCCCAGGAUCUAGCAAUCGAGACCGUCCAGCUACUCCUACGAAACAAAUACGAUGAAACGGAGAAUCGUCUCGGACACGCCCAAGUCCUUCAGCUCCUAAAGUUCUGUCUCAAGACGUACUUCACGUUUGACGGAACAAUCUACGAGCAAGUGAAGGGAACGCCAAUGGGCUCGCCGACUUCGGGAUUCAUCGCCGAGGCGGUCCUACAGCGGUUGGAGUGGCUGGUCUUCCAACACCACAGACCGGAAUUCUGGGCUCGGUAUGUGGACGAUACCUUCGUCGUCAUCGAACGGGACCAGGUGCUAACAUUCAAAGAACGUCUCAACAGCGUCUUCCCGGACAUACAAUUUACGAUGGAGGAGGAAGAGAAUAACCAGCUGGCAUUCCUUGAUGUCCUCGUCUGUCGCAAAGAUUGUGGUGGCCCAAAGACCAAAGUGUUCAUAAAAGCAACGAACACGACGCAAAUUCUGAACUUCAACAGUAACCACCCAAUCUGCCACAAACACAGUUGCGUAGGAACGCUAUUUCGGCGUGUUGAGACGCACUGCAGUGAACCGGAAGACAAGGUUGCCGAAUCCCAAUAUCUUCGACGGGUUUUUCGAGAAAAUGGUUACCCGCGCAACUUCGUCAACCGGUGCCUGCGCAAACGAGACGAGCGACAAAAUCGCGCCGACCCCAAAUUCUGGCGAGCGAUCCCGUACAUCAAGAACGUCUCCGAGGCCGUUAGUCGCCUUCUUGCACCACUUGGGGUUGGAGUUGCGCACAGACCGGAGGCCACCAUGAGGCGUCAAGUGAUGAGACCAAAAGACCCACUGCCACGGCAAGAAACAUCUGGAGUCGUUUACCGGAUCUGGUGCGGUUGCGGACAAAGCAACUACGUCGGAGAAACUGGAAGACUGCUCCGGACGCGAAUCGCCGAACACGUGGCAGCUGUACGGAGAAAUGACGCCAACUCUCAGGUCGCGGCCCAUUCGACGAGACCCGGCCACACAUUCAAGUUCGAUGAGGCCGAAAUUCUCGCGAGAGGGGAUAAUCGCGUGAGCCGCGAGUUUCUUGAGUCAUGGUUCACGGGGCCUCAGUCUAUCAACAAGUUCAACGACAUUCCCACUCCAUAUUCUGUGCUGAGGCAUAGACUGGCCAAAGCAAUUGGCCACUCGAGGAGCGCGCAAGCCGGUGAGCCAGAUGGCCGAGCAAUCGUCACGCCAGCAUCCAACACGGGUGAUGAGAUGUUAGCAAUUAACAACUUGCAUGCCGGCCAUCAAGCAAUUAGCGCACCAGCGGGCAACAAUCCUUGA